AUGGCUGAUAAGUACAUGCAACCCGUCAACAACCACUUUGCAUUUGAAGACGUAGAUGAUAAUGUAUUUUUGGCCAGACGACCAAACAACAAUGGAAACACUGAUAUUACUGGAAGUAGCUCUGUCGAGAGCAGUAUUGAUCGAAGUCCGAGCUUUGAAGACCAUCGCCUGCAAUCCUACCAGCAGAAACGUCGGGAAAUCGAGGAAAGAAGUUUGCAAUCGACCCAACGAUCGUUAAAUAUGCUUUACGACACCGAGCAGGUGGGGAAUGCCACUGCGGUUGAACUGGCGAAACAACGGGACCAACUGGAGAGGACAAACAAAAACUUGGACGAUAUUAAUGCCUCGUUGAGAUACAGCCAACGCCAUUUGAAUAGCAUAAAAAGCGUUUUCGGCAGCAUAAAAAAUCAUCUUUUCGGAACAAGGGAAAAUACAGUGCCGAACAAUCCGAAUACUGAAAGGAAAUUGUCUGCCGAUGCUAGUGCUACUCCAAAAGCACGAACGGAAGGUGUUAAAACAACAAUACCUUCGCCUUCUGAUAAGUAUGACCAGCAUCCAAUAUCGCGAAUACGCGAGGAUAGCUCACACCGACAACAGCUGAUGCAAAGUCAGCAGGGAAGGCAAAACAAUCCAUUUGAACAGCAAUUGGAGGCAAACCUAAAUGAGAUGAGCGACAACCUAUCACGUCUGAAAGGUCUAGCUACAGAAUUAGGGUCAGAGAUUGAAUACCAGAAUGAUUUAUUGGAUAAUAUGACAUACAAAGUUGAAGACGUCGAUCUAAAGUUAUCGCGACAGAAUAAAGACAUCUCAAAACUCUUGGGUAAGAAAUAG